UGUUGCGUCGUUGCCAUGGGGAAACAGAACAGCAAGCUGCGGCCAGAGAUGCUUCAGGACCUGAGAGAGAACACCGAGUUCUCCGACCACGAACUACAGGAGUGGUACAAGGGCUUUCUGAAAGACUGUCCCAGCGGCAACCUGAACGUGGAGGAGUUCAAGAAGAUCUACGCCAACUUCUUCCCGUACGGAGAUGCCUCCAAGUUCGCCGAGCACGUCUUCCGAACGUUCGACACCAACAACGACGGAACCAUCGACUUCCGGGAGUUCAUCAUUGCGCUGAGUGUCACGUCACGGGGAAAGCUGGAGCAGAAACUGAAGUGGGCCUUCAGCAUGUAUGACCUGGAUGGGAAUGGGUACAUCAGCCGUGAUGAGAUGUUGGAGAUCGUACAGGCCAUUUAUAAGAUGGUGUCAUCUGUGAUGAAGAUGCCGGAGGAUGAGGCCACGCCGGAGAAGAGAACAGACAAGAUCUUCAGACAGAUGGACCUCAAUAAUGAUGGUAAACUGUCUCUGGAAGAGUUCAUUAAAGGGGCUAAAAGUGACCCCUCCAUCGUGCGUCUGUUACAGUGUGACCCCAGCUCCGCCUCCCAGUUCUAA